AUGGGAGCGGGAGCCUCAUUCUGUAGCUCUCCAUCCAGUGUGCAGAUUCGGAAGCACAAUGCUAAAGUGGUACCAGAGGCCAUAUGUUCAAAGCAGGGCCCCAAAGGAGUGUUUGGGGUGUCACUGGAAAGGCUGCGGGAAUCAGGACAGCUGGAGUCUGGGGUUCCCCUGGUGCUUAAGCACAUGGUGGAGUUUCUUGACAGACAGGGUCUUGAGCUGAGAGGUUUGUUUAGGGUGAGUGGUUCGGCUGUGAGGUGCCAGUUGUUGCGAAAGCACUGGGACAGUGGAGAUAGCGUGGAUUUGAAUACUGAAGAAGAGGAUGUACAUACAGUGGCAUCUGCACUCAAACUCUUCCUCAGAGAACUGCCCCAAGGCCUGAUCCCCGAUGGCCACAGAUCUGAUAUGCAGCAGGUCCUCGCAAAUUGUAAAGUAGAGAAGGAACUGAAUCAGGCCCUGAAGGAGACCCUUGGAUGUCUUCCUGAUGACAAUUACAACAUCCUGUCUUACCUCUUGCACUUCCUGUCUAGGGUAGCUGCCCACAGCAAAACAAAUCACAUGUCUGUACAGAACCUGGCAACAGUCUUUGGACCCUGUAUUUUCCAUGUUCCUGAAGGUCCCAGAAUGCUACAGGAGCAGACUGCAUGUAAUACCCUCACUCUGCACCUUCUGGAGAAGCACCACCUCCUUAUUCCUCCAAAACAUACACACACUGAUGACACAUCUCUCAAAGACUCAGAGAGCUGUCGCAGAGCACUCACCUCGCAUACCUUGGACACCCCUCCUCCCCCUCCACUCCUCUCUGUGCUGUCCUUCCCACAGGUGGGUUCCCACAGACUGGGCUCUGUGUGUGAUAUGAGCAUGGCUGAGGCUGAGUUGUCAGGAUCUCUUAGUACCUCACAGGGCUCUGAGACCAGCACCCUCUCCUCAGCAUGGACACGACCAUCAACCUGCAGUCUCUGCAGCAGUAUGGAGAUGUCUGCCUGCAGUUGUGAGGAGCUUCUGGAAAAGACCUCACUGGAAGACAAAGGAAGAAUGGAGACAGACAAUAGGGACGUACAGAAAGCAGAAGGAAAUGAUGAAGACAACGGAUCUUCUAGGACAGAUAUGUACCACUUCCUGAAAGCCCAUGUUCCUCCUUUCUCCAGAAUGUUCAGUACGCUGUACGCAGACGACUCCAGUCUCCUCCAAUUGGACAAGAGUCCCAAUCUGAAGCAGCAGGCUCUUGAGGCAGAGACGCACCCGUCAUCCGAGUCCUGGUGCUCCUCGCCUCCGUCCUCACCUCGACUGGACUCUGACUCAGACUCACAGAGUCUCACCCAGAGACAAGACUCACCUCCACACCACACCACUGAGCCCAGCAGCCCUGCCACAGCAGUUCCUGCUUCACUGACCACUGAUGUCAGCCCUUUUCUGAAGCAUAUCACUGAUGGUGACAGUCCCCUCCCCUCCCCCUGCUGUCCAACCAUGAGCCGCAGUCAGCGCUUCUCCACUGACCCUGACUCUGCUCCCUCGCCACCCUGCAGUCAGGACUACGUCACGUCUCGCUGCACCUUACAGGAUGACUCCACACAUGGACUUAAGGAGCUCUCCAUUCCUGUUCUCCGAAGACACAUCCAGACUCUUAAAAAGAGAAUAAAAAUCUUUGAGGACUCAUUCCAGCAAGCUAAGAAUUAUAAGCCGGCUCACAAUGACAAGACUGCUGAUCCUAACAUAGCCAAGCUAAUGAGUGAACUGAGCAAAGCUCGUAAACAGCUCAAAGAGUUACGGUUAAAGCAUUGUGUAGCUGACAUGAGAGCACCAAGAGGCUCUGAGUCAUGGAAUUCCAGUGGUGACCAGCAGAGGGAGACAAAGCAGGACUUUGCUCAGCCCAAACCGCCAGUGGAGGAGACAUUUAACACACUAACCCAAAGACUUACUGAGAAACGCAAGGAGCUUAAUCUACCAGAUCAUAUCCUGGACAUGUCACAGACCCAGCUGGCUCUAGAGAAGAUAACCCUCCAAAAGUGUCUGCUGUAUUUUGAGAGCCUUCAUGGACGCCCAAGUUCUACAGAGGAGCGGACUUUAAUGAGGCCAUUGUAUGAUCGCUAUCGUCUUAUCAAGCACAUGCUCUGCAGUACCAACUCUGCCAUCACGACCAUUGAGGAAGAGGAGGGUUCUGAGGAAGAACAGCAGAGCUCCAGGCUGGCUGACUGCACAGUCUCCAUGACAAAUCGAGAAGAGCACAGUGACCCUGUCUCGCCCCUUGAGGUGGUUAAGAAGUCCGUAGCAGACAGCAGCACAAACGUAGAUUCAGCAAACAGGUUGGAGCUGUUUGAACAGUUGAAAGAAACACGGGCAGAGAAGAGAAGGCUAAGGAAGGUUCUUAGAGAGUAUGAGAAGACCAUUUUCUCACAGACUGGCAGGAACACACAAAAAGAAGACCGUGCUCCCCUGGCAGAGGAAUACUGCAAAUACAAAACGGUCAAGGCCAAACUGAGGUUACUGGAGGUCCUGCUCAGUAAAGACGACUCUCCAAAGACUGUGUGA